AUGGACUCCGACGGAUAUACAUCGCGCGCGUGGUUAAGUCACUGGGUAUCAGGUGAGGAGAAUCCUGUAAACAAUUACUACGAAGACCACAAACUUAUGGAGGGCGCACUUAUUAAAAUGGGUGAUUAUGCACAUUUCCGCUACUUUUUGCUCUUCCGCAACGGCCGUUUUUGCUACUAUGAGCUACCAAUGCCCGCGAUGGCACCUGGAGGCGAUCCUGGUGGCCCUAAACGCGUACAUCUAACACUCACGUCAAAAAAUUUGCGUGGUGUCAUGAUGCUUAAUGCAUCAGUCAAUGCCAAAGAUUUGGCUAAAAGUGAAGACGAGUACGAUGCCGAUCUGAUUAAGCGUGGGCUCGUGUUUAACCGUAAAAAACUCGAAAUGCAACUUACAGGAUAUUCCCCCACGGGGCAGCUAAUGUGCUGGAAGCUUCGAGCCGGAAAGGAUGCUGUCUAUGGCAAAUGGGAGCGAGCCUUUCGACUAGCUUUGCGGCCUAUUUGGGUACAAAAUUCAAAGUGUUGCAUGGUUUGCAAGAAAGAGUUUGGCUUUUUCUGUCGUCCACAUCACUGUCGCAAAUGUGGAACAUGCAUGUGCGACGAAUGCUCUGUGUUUGUCCCGAGAUUGCCGAUGCAGGGCUACUAUGAUGAAGUGCGUAUCUGUCGGGACUGCUCACCGAUAAAGAUUCAGCGAUCGUCGCUGAAAAUGGGCACUCGUGUGUUAGUGUAUGGAAUUCUGGUUGGUCAAGUAGUGCAAGUUGAUGCUGCAGAUGACUCAGCAGAUGGCAGGGCGUUUGUCAAUGUGGAGUUAGCGAAGAAAAACUAUCAGCUUAGUCGCUUUGCACUAGAGCAUGUGGAGCUGUACUCUGACGCCGUCCUUUCGGCCAAUCGAAUUAAGAAUGCCAUUCGCCAACAUUUAUCAUAUACGGUAUUUCGCACACAUCUCAAUUUUAAUACUUGGAAUCUUCUAGAGACUGUUCAAGAACAACGCACGGUACAGAUGGUUCGAAUCCUUAACAAAUCGACGAGUAUUAAUGAGCUGCACUCGAUGGUACCGAUGCUUGGGUCAUUAGACACGAUGCAGUUUUCGGAUGCCGACAUUCCAGAGAAAGAUCGCGUGCAAGAGUCGCUUUCGCAUUAUCGUGGUGUACAUGUGUCGUUCCCUUUGCGAUUGGAGACGGUAAAAAAGCUAAUUGAUCAGUUUCGCAAUGGAAUUCUGCUCCAUCGCGUCUUUGUACGGCAAAUUUUGGACGAAUCGGAAAAGCUAUUUCUUAAGAGACACGAGUCACCCAUGAAUGAGAUCCAGCUUCCGAUGGGCGUACAGAUGGUCGUAGUUGGUGAUCUGCAUGGGCAACUAGAAGACUUGCUUACAAUUAUGGACAAGAUUGGUGUACCGAAUAGCAAAACUUGGUAUCUUUUCAAUGGCGAUUUUGUGGAUCGUGGUUCGCAUGGAAUUGAAGUUGUUUUGUUACUGCUCAUCUUUAAAUUGCUGUAUCCGGACUACGUCUUUUUAAAUCGGGGCAAUCAUGAAGAACGUAUGAUAAAUGAGGCUUUCGGUUUUGAAGAUGAGGUCUAUACGAAGUACGGCACGGACAAUGAUAUGGUUGCUGGAUGGAAUGGUUUGGGAACAUCGAUGAACUACUCCCCUAUGAAAUUAUUCCAGAUGUUUGAGACGGUAUUUUGUCUUUUUCCAAUUUUUGCGUUGCUCAAUAAGCGUAUCUUCAUUGUACACGGUGGAUUGAGCAGUCAUGAAAAUGUUACGAUAGAUGAAUUACUGCAGCUUGAUCACAGACGCGAGAUUCCGACGCAAGGCACAUCUCGAGCUGACGAAGUCUUUACGCAUCUCUUGUGGAGCGACCCGCGCGACGAUGAGGGGUGUAAGUCAUCUAAUCGGGGCGCUGGUGUUGAAUUCGGCCCUGAUAUCACGAAAGCGUUUUGCGCGCAAAAUGGACUUAGCCUAAUUAUUCGGUCUCAUGAGUGCCGAGAAGAAGGCUUCGAUAUUGCUCACGACGGUCUACUGCUCACAGUGUUUUCGGCCUCUAGUUAUUGCGGAUCACAGACAAACAAGGGUGCCUAUGUUCAAUUAGAAAUCGGAGAAGACAACGAAGUGAAGCCACAUGUAGUGCAAUUUUGCUCUCAACCACUUCAAAAGCUAAAAGUUGCUGGAAAAAAUGAGUGGCGAAAAAAGGCUCAGCGUUUGGAGCGAAGAACGCUUAUGUCUGUUGUUGAAAUGAUUUGCGAGAAGAAGAAUUCUUUGCUGUCUGCUUUCAGUGAGCUUGAUAACACUAGUUCUGGGCGUGUUUCAAAACUCAUUUGGAAAGCAGUUUUGCAAAAUGUACUUGGAAUUAAGGCAAACUUUCUUUCGUAUUUUCGUCAACUUGCUGAGGUUGAGGAGGAUGGGGAUGUCGACUACCAAAAGUUUCUUAAUCGUUACACUAUUGAAUUCGAUGGUGGUAACGUGGAGUGGAGACGCAGUCUGAUCCGCCAAGUUUGGCUUGGACUCAUUCGAGCGCUUCCCCAUCCUUCGGAAAUGGAAGCUGAAAGAAUAACGCUGCAGGAUAAACUGCACUAUGCAUUCAAUCUUUUUCAAUUGCCUGGAGCAGUCAUGAAAAAUCAGAUUUUUUCGAAGCUUGACGAUGGCGGAUCGUUGGGCGCCCUUGGCAUUACUGGUGAGAAGUUAAAGGAUCCCUCAAUGAGUCAUAGCGUGGUCACGUAUGAGGUGUUUCGAAAUACUAUUCAAGACAAGCUGCAGCUGGGCGACAUUCUUUCAGAGCAACAAAUCUUCGAGCUCAUGCAACAUCUCGACCAGAAUCAUGACGGUGUGGUUGACUAUCACGAGUUUUGCUCAUUUUUUGCCGAGUUCAGCCGGACGGAUUACUUGCAAGAAAUCUUUGAGUUGGACGACACGAAGGCGAUUUCGCUGCUAAAUCGAUGUGCUACACUGCUUCAAAGGCCUAACAAGUUUAAGUCGCUGCGAGAUGCAUUUGAAGCGUUUGACCACAGUAAGACUGGUAAAUUGACUGUGGGCGACAUUUUAAAGGGAACCCAAGAGCUAAAUAUGGUGCCUGAACUUGAUCGUGACGAAGCGCAGCUGCUUUUCAACUCGAUUUUAUUAAGCUAUUACGGUAUUAACCAGCGACAUCAAUGGGAGUCGAGAGGCUUAGACUGGGUUGUGUUUGAAGACACGUUCUCGCCUGACAGCACCUUCCAGCGGCGUUUGUGGCUUUCAAGUCCUGGGGCAUCAAAUACGAACUUGACCUCGUUAGACAUCCGCAAUUCUUUUUUAGAAGAUGAUGACGUGAUUCAAGAACAGCAAUCAUUAAAAAACCAGGCGUGGGCGGAUACGUUUGUUGACAGUGUCAAACUAUCGCUUCAUGAGCAGCGCUUAUACAUCAAAUUUUUAUUUCGUAUACUGGAUCGCAAGCGACACGGAUACGUCACAAAGGGGCAAUUUAUCGCUACCAUGCAGGCCAUUAACGAAGAGCAUGGAGCACCACUGACCAUUUCCCAGCUUGACCAGCUGGCUGAUGCCUUUGCACACCGCAAGACUGUACGUCGCAUGUCAGACGCGGGCGAAGAGAUUGAGGAGACGCUUACAUAUGUUUCGUACCCUGAAUUUUUGCGCACGUUAUUCGCGAAUCUCUCUCUAAACUUUUCCCCACCACCACUAGCAAACAUGGUUCGUAUGAGCGUGCUCGCUGACUGCCUCAAGACAAUGUACAAUGCCGAAAAGCGUGGAAAACGCCAGGUGCUUAUUCGCCCAAGUUCUAAGGUCAUUGUCAAGUUCCUGCAGGUGAUGCAGAAGAAUGGAUACAUUGGCGAGUUCGAAAUUGUGGACGACCAUCGCGCUGGUAAAAUCGUCGUGGAGCUUAAGGGCCGAAUUAACAAGUGCGGUGUUAUCUCACCUCGAUUUGACGUCAAAUUGGCCGAAUACGAGAAGUGGAUUAACAACUUGCUGCCUUCGCGUCAGUUUGGUCACAUUGUCGUAAGCACUACAUAUGGCAUCAUGGACCAUCACGAGGCCCGCCGCAAACACACAGGUGGCAAGAUCAUUGGAUUCUUUUACUAG